AUGGCAAAUACUUGGGGUGACGACAAGAUCCUCAGCUUCAACGAUGUUGUCCUCAGGAGAUCAGAUUUAGACAUCUUUAACGGACCCAAUUUCAUAAACGACCGUGUCAUUGAAUUCUACCUAAGCUACUUAUCCACACUCCACACUUCCCCUACCAUCUCAGUAAUCCCUGCCUCCAUCGCCUUCUGGAUCUCAAACUGUCCUGACGCUGAAUCACUCAAAGACUUCAUGAAACCUCUCAGAUUACUCGACAUAAAUCUCGUGAUAUUGCCUGUGAACGACAACCUCAAUGUCGAGCUAGAAGAAGGCGGGUUACACUGGAUCUUACUCGUGUACUACAAAGAAACCAACUCGUUUUUCCAUCACGCUUACUUUAUGGGAGCGAAUCAAUGGAAUGCGAGACAGCUAUACAAGGCGGUUUCUCUGUUUGUGUCUGAUGGAGAUGCUGCGUUCAGAGAAUGCGGUGAUACACCGCAGCAGAAGAAUGGGUAUGACUGUGGUGUGCACCUUCUUGCAACCGCUCAGGUUAUAUGCAAAUGGUUUAGCUCUGGUGGAAUGAAGAAUCGGGAUGAGUUGUGGUUGAGUGAUGUGAAGGAGACUGUAUCGAAUGUGGUUAACAAUUUGAGGGAAGAGAUAUUGGGGUUGAUCAGAAGGUUGAUGUCUGAGAAGAGUGUGAGUAAAUGA